AUGGCGCAGGCGAGUCACAUGGUCAGCAGCCGCAUGUUCCAGAAGCCAGAGCCGAUGGUGCCGCGGCCAGCGCUCCGCCCCGCGAAGAAAACGAGAGACCUGCCGUCCCAGGUGCCUCCCUUGACACCCGGCACCAACAAAAAGAUCGCAGACGCCCUCAUGGCGUCCUUCGAGAACUGGAACAAAGAGCAAGAGAAGCGGUACAUACCCAAAGAUCCGCGCCAGUGGACUCAGAUGGACGUGGUGCACUGGCUAUGCUGGGCCACCAACGAGUUCUGCAUGGAGGGAGUGGAAAUAGACAAGUUCAAUAUGACGGGGCGCGAGAUGUGCGCUAUGGGCAAAGAGAACUUUCUGGCCCGGACGCCUCAGUGGAUGGGGGACAUUUUGUGGGAGCACUUGGAGAACCUGCAGCGUGAGUGCGAGAAGGCGAAGGCGGCGCUGGAGAACAUCCCCACCAGCCUGUACGAGAGCGCGUGCGUGCCCGACCUCAACCAGUUCCUGGACACGUACCCCAAGCCGACGGCGCCGCACUCGCAGGCGCACCCGCUGCCACCGAGCCAGCUGCCGCCGCCGGCGCCAAUGAACACGAGUCCGGGGCCUCCCUGCGCGCCGGCGCCGGCGCCCACGCACCCGCCGCCCGGCCCGCACGCACCACCCUUCUCAGGAGGUGCGUACGGCGCGCAAAUGGCCGAGCCGAUGCAGGGCAUGGGCGACGAGCCGCCGGCGUACGUGCCGCAGCACUACGAGCCCGAGUACCCUCACAUGGCCGACCAGCACCACCACCCGUACGGCGAGACCGGCUCGCCCGAGUUCUACCCCAACGCCAGCCUGGAGCUCAAGUACCGCACGCCGCACAAGCUCUACCCGCCCGCGUCGCGCUACGACGGGUACGACGCGCACUACGCGGCCGGAUACGACGCGCACUACCAGACGGUGCCGCAGGCGCCGCCGGAGGCGUGGCACCCGGAGUUGAUGGCCGGCCACGGGCCGCCGCACCCGGCCUUCCUGCCGCCGCACCACCGCGCCUCGCCGCUGCAGGGCGACGUCAAGCCGCCGCUGAUGGGCGCGUACCCGUCCUCCGGCGCCGGCCCCUGCUUCACCGGCUCUUCCCCAUCCAGCUACGACUCGGCGGGUGAGGCGCGCGACACGAGCAUCUGCCGCGUCCGGCGGCGCGGACCGACGCACGGGUGA